UCAUUUUCAUAUUCUCGAGAUUCGUUUACGUGUUUAUACAGCAAAAGCUGUCUGUCUGUGCAUAAAAAUAUUAUCGAAAGUUAAGUAAAUGUUAUCCGAUUAAAUUGAAUCCUAUUCCAGUUCGUAAGAUAAAUCCGUUCGAGAUUAAACCUAUAAUGUAAAACGUAGGAAAACAAAAUAAAUUCGUACAGAGCGCACCAGUGCAAUUUCGUAUGUAACCAUAUGAAAAGUUAAUUGUUCCCCAUCAAAUUCAGUGGAUAAGACGGUGGUUAAUAUUUUGAACGAAUUUUUUUGGGUGCGCCAAGUGAAACCAUUAAAAUUAUGGUGACCGGUUUGCAGCCCUUGGAAUUUACCGACUGUCUGUUGGAUAGUCCGGAAUUCCGUGAAAAUCUCAAUAAACACGAAAAGGAAUUGGAGAAAACUAGCCAACAGAUCAAACGGAUUAUCAAAGAGGUGAAGGAUCUGUUGACAGCUGCAAAAAAUUUAUCCCGAGCUCAACGAACCCUAUCGAAAAGUCUGGAUGAAUUCAAUUUCGAGUGUAUCGGUACAACACAAACAGAUGACGAACAAGUUAUUGUCAACAGCUUGAAACAAUUCAGCCGAUUAAUAGCGAGCAUCGAAGAUGAACGUGAUAAUAUGCUGGCAAACACUCAUGACCAAAUUGUUGUUGCACUGGAAAACUUUCGCAAGGAACGAAUCGGUGGAGUUAAGGAAAAUAAGAAAAAAUUCGAUAAGAAGACGGCAAAGUUUUGUCAGGCACAAGAGCGAUUUCUAAAUAUGUCGUCGAAGAAACCGGAUAACACAGUUUUGGAGGCCGAUGCUAGUCUUGGAAUGUUAGAACGUGAAUAUCUGCGAGAAUCACUCAGUUAUGUGUUAGGAAUUCAAGAUGUACAGGAACGGAUAAAAUUUGAAUUUGUUGAAACAUUAUUGGGUUUUAUGUCCGGAUGGCUGCUAUUUUAUCAUCUCGGACAUGAAGCUGGUGAAGAUUCCAAAGAAUACAUGACUGAUUUACAACAUAAAGUUCAAAAGACAAGAGAGAAUUUCGACGAAACUAGAACGAAAGCAGAAGAACUUAAGGCCAAAUACAUGGAUUCGAAAAUGAAACCAGAUACCAAGUUCACCAAGCAAGGCUACCUAUUCUUGAUGGAGAAGAGUAAGUUAAAAGCCUUCACCGCCACAUGGUCAAAAUACUAUUGCACCUACAAGAAGCAGGAAAAGCAAUUCACAAUGUUGCUUUACAAUCAAAUGGCUGGCCGUUCCGAAUCACCGCCAGAGUAUUUGACAUUGGUACAGUGUACGCGACGGGCAUCCGAUUUCGAGAAGCGAUACUGUUUCGAUCUAACGUUCGAACAAAAGCCGGGAAUAACCUUGACAUUUCAAGCGCUGAGCGAAGAGGAUCGUAAGGCUUGGCUGAAUGCGAUGGAUGGCAAAGAACCUACAUAUCUGGCGCCUGGUGUGUCAAAAAGUAAUGAAGAAUAUUUACUGGAUGAUGUGGGCUUUGCGUUCGCGCGAAAAUGUAUCGAAAUCGUCGAACAUCGUGGAUUGGAGGAGGAGGGCCUGUAUCGGAUAGGCGGUGUAAAUACGAAAAUCACUAAACUAAUCAAUUUGGGCAUGGACCGGCAGAAGACUGAAAAGGAACGAUUGCAAUUUUUUCAUGACGAGCAUUCGUCGGACCUGCUAGAAACCAAAACCAUAGCUAGUGCAUUAAAACAUUAUUUACGGAAUCUAAGCGAACCAAUUAUGACAUAUCGUCUGCAUCAUGGAUUCAUUGCAGCUGCAAAGCAAGAAACACGCAUUCAACGCAUCAGCGAUGUACAUACCUUAAUUUAUAGAUUGCCAAAAGUAAAUUUCGAGAUGCUGGAAAUCGUGAUUCGCCAUUUGAAAGCAGUUUCAAUGAAAAGUCAUAGAAAUAAAAUGUCGAUCUUCAAUUUGGGCGUGGUAUUUGGUCCAACACUACUUCGUGCCGUUGAGGAAACCCUUGCUGCCAUUCUGGACAUCAAAUUCAACAAUGUCGUGAUCGAGAUUUUGAUCGAAAAUUUCGAUCUAAUUUUCAAAAAUCCACCCGGUAAACCAUCCGACAACAAUAUGCUACAUUCCAAUCCGCCAGACCCAGUGCCAAGAACGUACGGCAGCAGUGGCUAUCGAACAAAUCGAAAUUCGUUAACAACGCAGCCAGUCGUACGCGUUGUAACCAGAUCAAUUAGAUUAGAUGGCGACACGGUGAUGUCGUCCAGCUUACAGAACAUUCCGAACGGUAUGCACAAUCCAAUCUACCAAAAUAGUAGCGGGAAAAGUUCGAAGAGCUAUCAUCCCAUCUACGACAUCAAACAAAAUACGAUGAACCAGUCAACACCGUCCCUCAAUCGAGAUAUCAAUUUGUCGCCGCGCGAUGUAACACUGACGCGAGACACAACGUAUGCAACAUCGCCAACGAAAGGUCACAACAUAUCGCCGAACCAUCGAGUGGCUGAACUGAAUAAGACCCAUGCGAAUCAUGGCAACAGUCGCGAUAAACUGUUGCAUAGCCGGGUGGCCGACACGAAUUUGGGUCGAGACGCCAACAUGACCACAAUGACGAGAAGCAGCGGUGACGGAAUCUACGUACAAACGCAGCGCAUCAAUCCGAUGAAUUACAGCGAAAGUAAUCUGGUUCAUCCCAGUUCGGUGAUUGACCGUAUCAAUUCGACCAGCAGUUCGAACGAAUCGGUGUGCUCGUCAUCGUCGUUGAACCAUUCGUAUUCGAGGCAUGUACCACCUCCGACGGCUAUUAAAUUUGGAGACUAUGGCAGUGGUGGUGGUGGCAAUAGUUUUGCGAUGAGAGAUGAACCGAAUCAAUCGUAUAUGCCGAAGAAAACGCAACGAUCGAAAGACAUCAGUGUGCACAGGUUCAAUUCGCCACGGGACAAUGUACGAGUAAGAACACUGUAUGCCUGCCUAGCCGAAAAUGAUGGAGAAUUAUCGUUCGAGCCCAACCAAAUUAUAACAAAUGUUCGGCCAUCCAGUGAACCAGGUUGGUUAGAUGGAACGCUCAAUGGGAAAUCAGGGCUAAUUCCGGAAAACUAUGUCGAAGUUUUACCAUAGCUAAGACCACACCGCCUCGUUCAAUAAUAACGCAACCCCAAGUAGUGCAUCGAAAUUGAGAAUAAUUUCAAUUGGAAAUUUAUGAUCUCCGAUAAUUUUGUCGAAUCGGAUGGGUUACCAGAACCGGAAGAAGUGAUCAAAGUGUUAAGUGUAUAUAAAGAGAGAUUCGAUUGAAAUCGUUCUUUUAAAAGGAAAACCGUGAAAAGACCUAAAAUUCAGUGAUGGUUUUGUGUGAACGAUAAAUGAUUCACUUCAACGAAGGGGGACUUUUAAAUUGCUUUGUUUUUUUUUCGUAAGAGUACCACUAAAGUGAUAUUAAUUUUAGUUGUCUACGUUAUUGUAUAAAUUUAGCCAUUCAAUUUUCAA